AUGGCAAAUGAGAGCAGUGGACAGGCGUUCUCGUCACAUCAACACCCUGCCCAGUCCUCCGACAAUGUCAAAUAUUUGAGCGACGACGAGAUCCAGCAAUUCAUUGAUGAUCUCGAUCACAAUGACGACGGUUUCAUUGACUACAAGGAGAUUGAGCAAAAGCUCGAUCAAGCCCACCAAGAGCUUGUCCCCAAACCCGAUGCGCACCACAUUAUUAAACGCGGGCACGACUCCCAUGAUAAGGACGCCCGACACGUUUUUCUCCGGAGUCUGAUGGGCUCGGACGCCGAUCGGAUUUCUCGUCAAGAGUUCGAAGAUAUCGUUCGCCAAUGGAACAUUCCUUCCUUGAAGCAGGCUAAGAAAGAAGAGGAAGACGAGAAGACGUACUUCCGACGGCGGCCGGGCUGGCGCAAGAUCAGAGCCUACUGGGCUGUCCACGGCCCUGAAGUCGCGUUCCUCGCUCUUGUCAUCUCGAUUCAGGUUGCUUUCGGCGUCUGGCAGCUUGUGAAAUACUACAUGGCGUCUGAAUACCGGGCUGCGUUUGGCUGGGGAGCUGUCAUGGCCAAAACCUGCGCGGGCGCCCUCUACCCGACCUUCUUCUUCCUCAUCUUGAGCAUGUCCCGGUAUCUGUCAACGGCGCUUCGCAGAUCUUAUUGCAUUUCAAGAUUCAUCAAUUGGGAUUUGUCUCAGGAUUUUCACGUUCGAAUUUCUUGUGUGGCGAUUCUACUUGCCACGCUGCAUGCCCUUGGCCACCUGACUGGAUCGUUUGUCCAUGGGAGCAACCCUGCCAAUGAGCAAGCGGUGGCCGAUAUACUGGGACCUGACCCGGUUCCGCGUUCUUACAUCACCUACAUUCGCUCCCUUCCGGGGUUUACCGGUCUUACAGCGCUCGGACUUAUGUACGUCUUGUCUCUUCUCAGUAUCCCGCAGGUACGCCGUUGGAACUAUGAGAUAUUCCAACUUGGACAUCUUAUGAUGUUCCCAAUAAUCGGCUUGAUGAUGGCUCACGGUACGGCCCACCUUCUUCAAUGGCCCAUGUUCGGCUACUUCCUCGCUUUCCCGACGUUGCUGGUGCUUGUUGAACGGGGGAUCCGCAUCAUGCUAGGAUUCCACCCCAUCUCUGCUCGUCUCAAGGUUCUAGACGAUGAAGCGGUGGAAGUCACCGCGGUGAUUCCGGGCAGACGUCUGUGGAAGUAUCGUGCAGAACAGUAUCGUGCGGGACAGUACAUCUUCCUGCAAGUGCCCAAAAUAAGCUUCUUUCAGUGGCAUCCAUUUACCGUAUCGUCUUGCCGCGGCAACGAGAUGACUGUCCAUAUCAAGACAGAUGGCAACUGGACUAGGAGAUUACGCGAGCUAGGUGGUACAACAGGUGAUUCGGAGAUCCGUGUUGGGUUGAACGGGCCAUUCGGGGCUCCCGCUCAGCGCUUCUAUGAUUUCAGCCAUUCAGUCAUCAUCGGUGCUGGCAUAGGGGUCACUCCAUUCUCGGGUAUUCUGGCUGAUCUGCAGCACAAGGAUGACCGGGACCAUGGUGGCCCAUCAGGACGGCCUGGGCAUCCUGAUUCAUCCAACAAAACAUCACAGACCACGUCAGACCUGGCUGAGAGCUCGAGUGAGGAGACAAGGUCGGGGGGCCAAGUAAACAAUGGAGAGCUCUCGGACGAUGAUGCGAGGGGUUUUGCAGAUGACUAUCGCCGGGUGGAUUUUCACUGGAUGGUCCGAGACAGAAACUAUCUACUCUGGAUCUCUGACCUCCUGAAUGAAGUCUCGGUUAGUCAAAACUGGCAUCGCGAGAACGGACAACGUCGACACUUGGAGAUCCGACUCAACACACACGUCACGGCCAAGAGUAAGAGCGUGGUGACACACGUCUACCGCUGGCUUCUGGAAAUGCACCGCACCAAGGAGCAUCCUGCCUCGCCGCUCACCGGCCUGUUGAACCCUACACACUUUGGACGGCCUGAUUUCGAUAAAAUUCUGGACGAGCAUUAUGACGAGCUGCGGGAACAUCAAUUGAGGAGGCAAAAAAAGGAAUCGGAAAGCUCCCCGGGCCUUGAAGAUGGUGUCGACAAGGAGCUCAAGGUCGGAGUUUUCUAUUGCGGAGCGCCGGUUGUUGGAGAGAUUCUCGCCGAUAAGUGCAGAGAGUUGACCACAAGGGGCCGCCAUGAUGGGAGUAAGAUCGAGUAUCAUUUCAUGAUUGAAGUAUUUGGCUAG